UCAGACCUGCCCCAAGGAGAGGAAGAACAUCAGCCUGGGCCCUGGCCAGCCCUGCCUCAGGGGUUCCAGGGACUGGCUGUCCACUGGAUGGGUGCGCAAGGCUCCAGCUAGUGUCAGGUCAGAGAAUUCUGCAGGGACAGGAAGGCUGUGAAGGUGCAGGUGGCGUGGACGGAGUCAGACCUAACCUUGAGUGCCACCUACUAGUUGGUGCCACUCAACUUCUGAGGCUCAGCAUCCUCAUGUGGAAAACGGGACUCCCAUCGCUGGCCUCACAGGGUAACUCAGGGGACUCAGGAGGUACUGCAUGUGAGAGCAGUCCCAGGCCCCCGAUAGUGGCAAUUUAUGAUUGUGGCUUCACUUUUAGGCUAGGGCCUUUUUGCAGCCUGAUGUGAGGCCAAGGAAGAGAUAAAGGGGAAAAGACAGGCCCGAGCCUCAUCGGAUGGCAGAGCUGGGGCAGGAAGAGCUCAGGGAGCCUUGGGGCCAUCCCCCUUGUUUUACAGACAAGGACCCUGGAUAAAAUGUGUUACCAAGAAUCACACAAAUUUUAAGUGGUAGGGCCAGGACACAGACAGGGAACGUGGUUCCAAAGGCCUAUGCUUUCCAGUCAACUAUGCUGCGUGCACAGCCUCCCACCCGCCGCCAACCCAGCUGCCCUCUGCUCACUCGCUCAACAGAUGUUUACUAACAUCAGGUCCCCCUGCUCUGGCCCCCAGGGCAGCCCCGGGCUUCUGAGAAGGACCCAUAUCCACCUCUGGCCUCACUCUGCCCAUAUGUACUUUCUGGUGACUUCGUCCUUGCUUCCUUUCCCACUAAUCCAACCAGGAUGUUCCGGAACCAGAUUUACGACGCUUUGCUCUCUGAGACACACAAGUGCACCCACAGAGGAGGGACGUGGUCCUGUGCGGAGACCCUGUGGCAUGCACUGUCUGAGCCAUCUGCCCCGUCCCAGAGGAAGACCUCAGGGUCACCCCACCCACAUGAGACCAGCCCUGCAGCAAGCUCUCCUGUCCCACCCAUCUCUCCUCCUCCCUCGGAGAAGCUCUCCUGACUCUGCUGUCCAGGUAGGCCCCUCUAUGAUUCUCAGGAGGAUCCCAAUGGCUGGGCACCUCUGCUUCCCACACUGGCCACAGCUGCUGGACAGCAGGGACUGUUGCACUCACACCUGUAUCAAUACACCUGUGCUCAACAGUCACACGGUGCAGGAAGGAGUGUGUGGCCAGUAAGUGGAGCUAUGUCAAGCCGCCACCAGAAGCCGGGCAUGGUGGUCCACGCCUGUGGUCCCAGCUACUCAGGAGGCUGAUGUGGAAGGAUUACCUGACCUCAGGAGUUCCAGGCUGCAGUGAGCUACUGCACGCCACUGCACUGCACUCUAGCCUGGGUGACAGACUGAGACCCUACUCAAAAAAAAAAAAAGAUCCCAUCCAAAUAUGGGGCAAGUCCGAAAAAUGCAACACCAAGCACCUAAAGCUGACAGAAUCAACGUAACAGAGAACAGCCUCUUCAACCCUGGAAGGCGCUGAGAAAUCCAUGUGCUGUUCUAGGAUCAGGAAUGAGAUAAGGGAAGCCACCAAACCCAAUCAGAACUCUGAAAGGCUCAGUCCCUGGGCCUGAGCAAAAUGCCGGCACUCUCGGGGAGCGAGCUGGUGUCUGCAGCUGCUGGGGGAGAGUGAGAGCGGUGGUGCCAUGUGCUUCCCAUCCCGCCCUCAGGAACAUCCCGACACACACAAGAGAUGCACAGCCGGCCCGCAGUGGCACCGGCCUCUGUGCCAUUCUUCUAGCCACUAAACCUUGAAGUGCCCUCAGGAACCCCCAGUCCGUACCAUUCUAAUUCUGUGGGCAAACAGCCUUCUGGGCCAGCCCUGGGCCUCCCUGGAGGCUCUGCCCGGCAGGAAGGGCACCCAGAGCCUGGGGUUAGCCUGUUUGGCUUCCCCCUUGGUCCUCUGUGAACCUGGCUGGUGCGAGCCAGCCUCUCGGAGCCUGGGGUGACUGGGCAGAACAGAACCAUGCUGUGAAAGAGACCAGGCCCAGACCUGGCGACUGAGACCCCUGCUCUCGCCUGCACUGGCCUCGUGCCUAGCACUUCAGCCCCAUUACUCUAUUCAAUGCUCACGUUAGGAGGUGGAUGCUGCCAUUAUACCUGUUUCACAGCAGAGGAAACUAAGGCAGAGAGGCUCAAUCACUUGUCCAGGGUCACACAGACAGGAAUCUGACUCUGCCUCCUCGCCCAAGGCCUCUGCCCUAACCCCCAGCCUAGCUGAUAUGCCGUAGACGGGGUGGCCAGAGGCACCUCCCAAAGGCGCAGGUUCCUGCCCCAGUUAUCCUUAGUGAACCACUCCCCCUCUUACCCAAAGAUCCAUGUGAUGCUGAGGUUCCCAAAAAUGUGUUUUCCGACUGGCUCAGGUGGCCCUGGGGCUGCUGUAGGAAAUGCGAGGAGAGGCUGACGGGAGGGGACGGGGAUGCUGAGUGGAAGGAGGCAGAGCUGCCCAAGGAGCCGGGGAUGUUCACGGGCGCAGAGCUCUGCAGCAAGCUGCCGCCUGCAAGAGAGGCCCAGGGAGGACGGGCUGGGUGAGGGCAGCAGAAGCCAGGCAGGCCACACAGAGCAAGGGGCCUGGGCCAGGCAGGAACCCGAGGAGUCCUCCAGGCUGCCCUGCCCACCCACACUCAGUACCGAUGGUGAUGCUUCCUGGGUGGGGCACUGUGCUGUUAUCAAAAGUCUUCUCCAGGGCGGCCACACCAAACUCAUUCAGGUCCAGGUCAUCCAAAGCAGACUCUAGGGACAGAGAAGAGUGGGAUGUAACCUCCCAAGGGCUCAUCUGACCCUGACCACCUCGUCUACUACCCACGCUGCAUCUUCACGCCCAUGCUACGCUGGGUCCGUAUUCUCCCAAGCCCCUGUGCCCUUCCUUCAGCUGCUUCCUAUGCCAAUCCUGACUCCUGACUUCUGACGCCAUCUGCCAGUCAUGUCCAACCCAAAUGCCUCUCCUUUCUGAAUCUUCUUUGAUACUUCCAGGAGGAAUCACAUCCCCAUCCAGGGUCCCUGCCUCGGACAAGGGUUUUGUCCCCUGAUGUUACAACUCGAGGGUCUCAGCCCCGGGCUCAGUGGGGGUGGGCAGGUCUCUGGGCACUCAGUGGCUGGUGUAUAGCAGGUGCUUGACAAAUGUCCACUGGGUGGGAAGUUUCCCUCUAGAGGGCAGGAACAGCAUGUUGUCAUCUGUCUCCUCAGUGCCUGACACAGGACCUGGCACAAAGCGGGCACCUAGAAAUGAGUACUGAAAGAAAGGAGCACCAACUUCUAGCACCAGGAAUUCUGAGAAUGUCGUGCUGGCUAUUCACUACACAAGGACACCAGUGAGAUGAAUGGGGACUGAACGACACGUCUUGGGGUGAGACUGUACUCGCCAAGGGGAAAAGGCACCUCUUUCUAAUUUGCACAAAGGAGCUCUCAGGGCCAUUCCUGGCCCUACACCUUGGGGUCAUUUCUCCUUUAGCUCAAAGGACUCAGAGUGCCCACCCCCUGAUUUUCCCAAGACAGAUGUCUAAGGGGUCUGGUGUGCUGAUUUGAGACUCGCUUCAGAGACUGGGGGGGUCUCUGACCCCAGACCCAGUCCUGGGCUUGCAAAUAGAAAUGGCCUAGUUACCUAUGACUGACUCUACCGUGUCGCUGGUGGGGUAGAAGGGCAGAGCGUUUGCAUUCAUGCCGGGGACGCUGCUGGUGCCCACUGGGCUAGGGGGGGUAGCUGCCAGGCUGGAGGUGAUACUAGAAGAGAUGCUUGAGGUCAGGGGGCUGCCUGCGGGGAGGAUGCCCAGCAUGUCCUGCAACGAGAGAGGGAAGAGGAGAGGCAAUGGUAGGCUCCAUACAGAGGCCAGGACGAGAGGCUGGAGAGGGGCUGGGGGCAAGGGAAACGGCCCAUGCCAGCUCUAGUCUGGGUGCCCCCAUGCCCACAUGGGCCCCGGCACACCCGACACCUUGUUGACAGCAUGGAGUUGGAGGUGCGGAGGCUGCCAGCCCCACUCGCCCCUGCAAUCCUGUAGCAGGGAAGAGAGAAGCGAGCACAGGGCCUGGCAGAGGCUCCAGGAACCCUUUCUCCACUGAGUCUAGGAGGUGAGGGGCUCCAGGGCCUGACCCCCUACCCUCUCUGGAUUUGUGGCUGGGACCCCACUUUAGUCCUGCCCUCAGCUUUCGGGAAAAGUGGUGCCUCCCGCUCCCCGAAGCCUCCUGGGGUUCUGGGCCAGUCCUGUCCACAGCAGAGAGGAGGAAGGGGGCUGAGAGCUCUAUACCUGUUUGGGCUGAAGCAGAGGCUGCUCUUGACUCCUGGGCUCUAAUGAGUGGGGUUUUAAUUUGGCCUAAGGGAGAAAAUUCAGGGAGUGGAUGAAUGUGGUGCUGGGGGGUCCCUGAGUCCAUCUGACCCUGAGGCUGCAGGUACCAGGGGGCAGGUGGUGGCAGACAUGCAACCCCUCUUCACAUGCAUGCACACACCCCCUUCUUCCUCCCCACCUCCUACUCCCUUCCCCUACCCUAAGCAGGGAGCUGCCCUUCUCCUCCAGGUAACACCAGGCCUCAUGUAAGCCCAGAAGGUAUCUCUCCAGGCCCAGUUAGGGACCCAUGUGUCCUGCUUCCCCAGGCCCUGCCUUUCCAUGAAGGCAGCUCAGGGCAGCAGAAGGACCGCACCCAGGUGGGAUCCGGCUCCUCUCCUAACCAGCUCUGCGGCCCAGGGGAGGCUGUGCAGCCUCCCCAGCCUUCCUGUCUUCCGCUGCAAAUGGGCUGACUCUGCUCCCUCUGUUCAGUCCUGAAGAGGCCGAGGACAGUGGAGUCCUAGCUCCCAGUCAUCCUCCCCGUAGCUGGACCAAGAUACUCCUCCAAGAUUCUCUUGCCCCACGCAGGAGAAGGCUAACCUCACUGCUGCCUCCCUCAUCCCUUACCUGGCAUUUGAAAUUUUUCAGGUACUCGGCUCCCACCUGGUCUUCCCUCUCGAAGCCAGGAGCCUUCUUAUAGCUGCCAGGGGCCAGGCCAGACUCCCCAGGGAAGACGAUGCCCUCCAGGUUUGGGGGCUUCCUGAUGGAGCCCGGUGGGGAGCCGCAGAGGUUAGAUGGGCUGCCUAGGCUGCUAUUUCUACAGAGGAGCUGCAGAGAAGGAGGGGAGGGAGUGGGCCCAUGGGCACAGCGCAGGCUGGUGCGUGGGCCCGUCCUCUACCCUCUCCAGAGGGAGUCUUCAAGGGGCUCAGUUCCACUUUCGUCUGCCAACGAGCAGCAGCGACCACUCGGGGAGCCCGAAGCUCACGAAGGAAAGGGGGGUGGCCUCAGGCUUUGUCCCUGCCACCAGUCCUACAGGCUCAUCAGCACAGGCUCUGGGGACUGCCCUACCCCACCCCCGGGCCUGGGCUUUUGACGAAGAAUGCUGAGAUGGAAAAGACAGAUCCCCCGGCCUGAGGACAAAUACCAGGAUGGUCUCCCAAGCCCAGGCUGAAAGGGCCUAGGAAGCAAGUGUUGGCUCUGUCAGGCAUGGUGCCCACCCACUCCCCAGGAUGGACACGUACGGCACUGAGGUCAGGGGCAUGCGGGCUGGAGGGGCUCACAGGCACCGAGUCUCCAGCAGCAGACGGCAUGUACAGGACAGGACCCGGCUGGGUGGGGCUGGACACAGCUGAGGAAGGCUGCAGGUCGUCACUUAGGGGUGGCUCUGCAAGAGUCAGGGGCAGGGGUCAGCAGGCCUAAGCCAGCUCUGUCCCUCCAAAAAUGCUCCUGGGUCCCUUCCAAAGGAGACCACAAAUCCCCCUGCACAUAAAGGGAAGGUUCCUACGACAUCUCUAGUAACACCAUGUCUGUGCAUUUACUGUGCCAGGCACUGUGCCAGCACUUUGCAGUAAUUGUGACUCUUCAUGGUGACCAGAAGAUACCAGUAAUAUGGUCUCCAUUUUACAAAUAAGUAAACUGAGGCUCAGAGAGGUAAGGUAAAUCCACCAAAGUGACAGAGCUAAAACACAGAAGAGCUGGGACUUGAAUGCUGAUCUGCACAACUCCAAAGCCUGAAUCACUUCCUUACGCUGUCUCAGCCAGGCGGUCCCAAUGCCCAUGGCCGCGGACCACCUCUGCAUCAAGAAUAUGCUUCUCCCUCCCAGGGCCCUCGAUUUAUUUUCCAUUCUCAUCUCAGAGACAGGGCCUGAGCCCGGAAAGAGGUUAAGGAGACCCAGGGCAGUAUCUUGGGGUGGAAAGAGGUGUUAACAGGUACAAACUGGAGCUCUGUCUCUGAGACUGGUGGUGGCCUACAGUAUCAUGCUGAGGAUCCAGACCCACACUGUCCCACAAGGCAGCCGAAAGCCACAUGUGGCUACUGAGCCCCUGAAACAGGCUGGUCUGAAUGGAAAUAUCCUGUAGGCAUUAAAAUGCAUAUCAGAUCUCAUAGACUUAGUACAAAAAAAGGUAAAAUGUCUUGAUAAUUUUGUAUAUUGAUUAUUGAAAUAACCUUUUAUGUUGGGCUAAAUACAAAUAUGUUAUUAAAAUUAAUUUAACAACA